UAGCCUCGCCUCGAUCGAUCCCAGCUGGUCGGUCUUGGUUGGUUGUAUGUCGCUUAUGGCGCCCACGACGACGGAGCCGAUACCGAUCGGCCGCGUCGACGAGGAAGGGGGUGGGGGGGACGACGACAGUGACGUUGACACGGCGGAGUUUAGGGCGCUGAGGAGCCGGCUGUCGCGGCUCUCCGUCGAGGGCGGCGGCGGCGGCGAUGGGCUGAGGAGUAGGGGUGGUGCGGUCGUGGAGCGAGCUGGGGGUGGGUUUAGGGUCGGCGGCGGCGUGCGGGAGCGUCGUGGUAGUUGUGGCGGCGGCGGCGGCUCUCCGGGUGGGCGGGCGCUGCCGCCGCCGCAGGCGUGGCUGGCGGUGGAGGACGCGGGGAAGAUGAGCUACGGGAGCGACCCGGAGGAGCAGUGGACGCGGGUGCUGCAGGGGGGAGGGUACGGCGGCGGGGCGGCUGCGGCGGCGGCGCAGAGGCAGGUGCAGCGGCGGAGCAGCUUCAGCGUGGUGCGGCGGGAGCGGGCGGCGCGGGAGGCGUGGCUGGACCGGGCGUGGGAGAUGAAGAAGAACUGGCACGAGCGGAACGGCGGCGCCCCCGACGCCGACACCCCCGUGGUGGUGGUCGUCGGGAAGGGGCCCCCCUCCUCGCCUUCCUCGAACGCCGCGGGCUCCGUCGGCGGCGGCGGCGUCGCCAUGGACAUGGAGGAGGUCCGCGCCUGCAGGGACCUCGGCCUCGAGCUCCCCUCCGACUGCACCGUCGAGAUCCAGUGCUACGGCCUCUCCGCCACCAGCAGCCCCACCCACACCGCCUCCGCCACCUGCAGCUGCUGCAGCAGCGCCGCCGCCUCCCCCUCCGUCUCCAGCCCCGGUACGUACGCAGCGGAUGAUCCGAUGGAUGUGAAGGCGAGGCUGAAGGUGUGGGCGCAGGCGGUGGCGCUGGCAUCAACCACGCACCUCGGAUCUUGAUGCAUGCCUUUCAACGGUUGAGAUGCAACGAGUGAACAGAAAAAAAAUGGAGAGCUAUGUCCUCAAGAUCUCGACACGUGGAUCAAAUCAUAUAUAUGCCUGGCUAUGUCCUAAUUAAGCUAAUUUCACGUAUUUUUUUAGCCCUGUAUAGAGACAGGGGUUUAAUUUUCUCACUUGAACCAUGAUGGUGUUAUAUAUUUCCCACAUGUAUCACAUCUCUGGUUUUAUUUUUCUCAGUAUUGCGAUGUGUGUGCUUGUGUUGUCAACUUCUUCUAAGAGUCCUCUUUUUCCAUUGUAAAAUGUGAUAUAUAAUUGAGCAGUGUGGCUUGUCCAACUUACCAUGUACUCUCUCUUUGUUUUAUAACUAGAGCAAUUUCACAAUCCUUAAAUAGAU